GUUAGUUAACACUUGCCGGUCAGGGGAGCAAGAGGUGAAAACAGAAGAGCAAAGACAAGAGAUUUGACAAUAAAAAAACUGAAAAUGUUACACAGGACGGCCUCCAAUGUGUCAGACAGAUUAAAGAGCAACAAACCCAAGCGCUCCACGAGCUUUGGCAGAUUUGAAGGUCUCAGACAUCACUCGUCACCAGCCAAACCAGAAGAAAAUGGGACGACUAUGCACACAGAGGAGUGUGAGAGUUUGGACCCACACAAAUCAGCUGGACUUGGGAAGAAGAUGAAGGCAAUUUCACUGACCAUGCGCAGAAAAAUGGGCAAAAAACAUGCCAAAUCCUUCUCUGAGGAGACGGGUGAUGAGACAGAUAAAGACCCAGAGGCAGAGACAGAGAGUGGCCCUCCAGCUGAGAAAAACACUGCAAAGGCCAGCAACUCCUUAGAGAGUCUUUACAGCGGCCAGAGCUCAUCUAGUGGUGUGACCAGCGUGUCCAAUGGUUCUGGUCUGAGGGACAGUCUGACUCUGGAGGAGGACGGCUCCUACCAAGGACAGUUCUGCGGCAGAGCUCGCGUCCACACAGACUUCGUCCCCAGCCCGUACGACACUGACUCCCUCAAACUGAAGGUUGGGGACAUCAUCAACAUCAUCAGCAAGCCUCCCAUGGGCAUCUGGACAGGCAUGCUAAACAACAAAGUGGGCAACUUCAAGUUCAUCUAUGUUGAUGUUCUGGUGGAAGAAGAGGAAGAAGAGGAAGUUCCUAAAAUCAGACAACAGAAGUUGUCCAAAAGACCUCGACCCAAAACACUGUUGGAGUUACUGGAGCGUCUGAAACUGGAGGAGUACGCCUCUGCCUUGCUGCUAAAUGGCUAUCAGACAGUGGAAGACCUGAUGCACCUCCAGGAGAAACACCUGAUAGAGCUGAAUGUCAAAGACCCCGAGCACAGACACAAGCUUCUCACCGCUGCCGAGUACCGCUACACAGAAGUUGAAGACGUCAAAGAUGCGGAGGAACACAAAUCUUCCCACAGCCUACAAGAGGAGGACAGCGACUGUCCCAGAGACUCAGGCUGCUUCAUCCCAUCCGAAUGCUCGGACAGCAAAGAGGACGCAGAGCAGCUCACAGACGCUGUGGAUUCUUAAUGUGCUCAUUUGUCAGACAGAUAUUUUGACAUUCAGAGCAACGUCACGGAAGUGGUUUCAAAAUUUGUCUUUUAAUUUUUGCAAAAUGUCGAAAUGUUGUGUGAACGUUCCUUAUUUUGACAGGUUAGCCACAUACUUUCCUAAUGUAGAAAAACUGUAGAAAACAGUGCGAUACAUGUAGGGAGAACGUACAGCUAAUGAACAACCAUUACUCUGAAUGUCAUCUUAUCCAUUUGUUACAUUAUCAAGAUAAUAAUCAACUUGUAAGUUUUAAUUUCUGAAGGUUUUAUUUUUAUGUUGUUGAAAAAGUGGCAUUUCAUUGAUAAAAGGUCAUUUGUAUUUAUUGCAUUCUCAAUCAUUGUUCAGUGUUUCUGCAUAUAACGCCUUUAUUUAUCACAGCUCAGUAUGAUCUUUCUCAUCACAGCACAAUCUCAGCUCAACAUCCUGUGUCAUCAUUUUUUCUUUUCCAUGAAAGAAGUGAUGUUGGUAAAGUGUGAUGUUUAUGAAAUAUAGCAUCUGAGUUUGAAGCAUGCAAUUUCAAAUCUUGUCUAUAACGCAUUCUGUACAGGACAAUGUGUGUGUAUUUUCUGAAUGUGGUUGUGUGUGUGUGUGUGUGUGUGUGUGUGUGUGUGCGAGAGAGAGACAGAGAGAGAGAGAGAGAGAGAGAGAGAGAGAGAGAGAGAGAGAGGAAGAAAGAGAGAAAAAGAGAGAAAGACCCUGUUUGUAUGUGAGUCAGUAUUAAUUUGUUCUCACAACUUUUUGUAAAUAAAAUUAAAGAAAUACAGAUAAGA